AUGAGUGAAUUCGGCUAUAGUCGCACCCCUAAUGCUCCGAACGGCUGGUCUCCUUUACAUGGUCAGUGUCUUGGUGCGUUCUGUGCCGAUCAGGAUCCGAGAGGGUCGUCAUCCGGCUGUGGUGUUGCUAUGUCGUUGGGGUUGGCUGCUGCUACCAUUGGUGGAGAGACUUUUGGGAGUAUCACAUAUCCCGCUGAUAGGAAUGGGGUUGUGGGAUUGAAGCCGACUGUUGGACUGACUUCGAGAGCCGGUGUUAUUCCUAUUUAUAAGUAUCAGGAUACUGUCGGACCGAUUGUGCAGAGUGUUAGAGAUGCUGCUAUCAUUCUGCAGAUAAUCGCUGGCAAGGACCCGUUGGAUGACGCAACGAACGAAAUUCCCUUCCGUGAAGUGCCAGAUUACUUGGCCGCAUGUAGAAGCGACGGUUUCAAAGAAUCGAGAGUUGCCAUCCCGAGAUCCUGCAUCAGCCCCGGCGAAGAUCCUGAAGUUAUAUCCUCGUUUAAUCGAGCACUCGAAAUUAUGAGCUCCCUUGGAGGCACUGUCAUAGACAACACGGAAUUUCCAAAGUGGAAGGCGAGAAAUCGACAGAGAAAUGAGUUAUAUGACGCGAUCCUCCUGCGCGAAGGCCUUGAGGGAUAUUUCCGCACACUAGACAAAAACCCACAUAAUAUUUAUACAGUCACGGAUCUAAUCACUUUCAUGCAAACAAACCCCGAUGAACAAUGUGACACACACGGCACGGAAUGGCUUGAGGAUGCUCGCGAUGCCAAAUACACGACAUCCCAGAGAGAAUUUCAUCUUAUGAGAGAAGAAGUUUUUGACGACGGAGAGGAAACCCAACGGUUACUGGACAAAUAUGAUUGCGAUGCCCUCGUCGUUCCAACGUUCACCGAUGUGCCCCACGACAUGAUGGGCAAUCCGACAAUCUCGGUGCCGCUUGGUUUUUAUUCAUCGAAUGUGAAUGUUGAAAGACGCAACGGUCUUGUCAGCAAAGCGCCAAAUAUCCCGUAUGGGUUGAUGUUUGUUGGGCGUCGGUUCAGUGAAGAGAAACUCCUUGGGCUUGCCUUCGCCUUUGAACAAGCCACGAACGUUGCGAAGCAAAGACAGCCCCACAUUCAUCCUACGGUGGAUCUUCUGAGCUACACAUAA